CGGAGGGAUGCGGAGGGCGAUGGCGCCGAGCGGCGCCGAGGAGCGGAGCUGUCGUACGUGUCGUCAGCGCUUUGUCUGCGGGGUCGCGUUUCUCCUCGAAUCGGACGCGGCGGUGUGUUUCUGUGCGUGAAGCGGGAGCGGUUCGGGCCGGUGCUGUACCCGAUCCGGUCAACUUUUACCUCAGAAACUGGGCGAAGGAGGACGCGGCGGAGGAGGAGCGGCGCGACUUGAGUUGAGGCAGGAGCGCAGCGCGCCAAUUAUAUUAAAUUAUAAUCCUUGUGGAGAGAAGCGCACACAGCGACAGACAGAGAGACGAGAGAGAGAGACGGACAGGCAGUGAGACUAAGAGAGUGAGAGUGAGAGUGAGAAUGAUGGAGUGACCGCUCUGCGUGUCCUGUAUUUUACUCCACUAAGUUUUCCGAGGACCGAAACAGUGAGGCAAAGGCUUUGGUCGGGUGCGGAGACCAAGAAGAAGAAAUAAUAAUAAAUCGGCCCACUUGACUAAACAGCCUAUUUCAUUCUUGUAUUCCUCUUCCUGACGCUUUCUUUCUCCACAGUGACUUAGACCGCUUUACCCUGCUUUACCGCUUACAGUACACAGCACCGCUUCAGGCUAAGUGCCCCUAUGGAGCCGGGAACUGUGGCAGGAGGGGGACUCGAACCCGUGACCCAGCGCUACCCGCUGCGCUCCCUGCUGUGAAGCGGAGUGUCCCGCACAUGAGCGCUCGGCGUGACCCUGCCGGCGGCGGCGGCGCCCCCCAGGGGCCCGGCGGAGCUGCGAAGAGCUGUCGGUCCGGAUGACUCCCGCGAGGACGGGGACGAGGGCGCUCUGAACUGGGCCGAGACCAUGAAAAACUGUGAAUAUCGACAGAUCGAGCCCCAAGGCCUCGGGACGCCCAACGCCGCGCCCCCCCCUCCGGCCGGCGCCAACGACGCCGACACGCGGGCCAAAAGACGCCGGAAAUGGGAGGUUUUUCCAGGAAAGAACCGCUUCUACUGCGACGGGCGGAUCAUGGUGGCCCGGCAGAGCGGCGUUCUGCCCCUCACCCUGGGGCUCAUCGUCCUCACCAGCUGCCUCUUCUUCGUCUUCGACUGCCCUUUCCUCGUGGAGCACGUGACGAGCUGCAUCCCUGCGAUUGGAGGAGCGCUCUUCGCCUUCGUCAUCAUCUCCCUCCUGCAGACGAGUUUCCGCGACCCCGGGAUCCUGCCGCGGGCCACUGCUGACGAGGCUGCGUACACUGAGAAGCAAAUUGACGACUCCGCCUCUUCCAGCUACCGCCCCCCACCUCGCACCUUGGAGGUCAUCAUUAACCAGCAGGUCGUCAAGCUCAAGUACUGCUUCACCUGCAAGAUGUUCCGUCCGCCUCGUACCUCUCACUGCAGCCUCUGUGACAACUGUGUGGAGCGCUUUGACCAUCACUGUCCCUGGGUGGGCAACUGCGUGGGCAAGCGCAACUAUCGCUUCUUCUAUGCUUUCAUUGUCUCGCUCUCCUUCCUGACGGCCUUCAUCUUCGGCUGCGUCACCACACACCUGACUCUGCGUUCCCAAGGUGGCAAAGGCCUGAUCACUGCCGUCCAAGAGAGCCCAGCCAGUGCUCUGGAGCUGAUUGUGUGCUUUUUCUCAGUCUGGUCCAUCCUGGGCCUCUCGGGCUUCCAUACCUACCUGGUGGCCUCCAACCUCACCACGAACGAGGAUAUUAAAGGCUCCUGGUCAGGCAACAGUGGAGUGCAGAACACAGUGAACCCCUACAGCUACAACAACAUCUUUGCAAACUGCUGUGCUGUGCUGUGUGCACCCCUGCCUCCCAGUUUGAUCGACAGGAGGGGUUUCCUGCCGACACAAGAGUCUCCUCCAGCUGCCCAGCCGCAAGUUGAGCUCCCCGUGUUUGUGGGCAAAAGCGACCUCACCGUGGAGGACACUUGUCAAGAUUUUGCUCUGUCCUGCACUGGCUGAUGGGAUAGCUGCUACAGUUUGAGAGAAGUGGUGUGGCGGGCAACACGAGCUCCGUUGGAGACCCCACUGCAGUUGCGCUCUGGCACCCCCGGAGCAGCACGGCGGCGCCCCCAACAGGAGCAGGCCUGUCCUCACUAUGGCGAUCAGCACACAGCCCAUCCCCUCCAUCUGCUGCUGUCCGAGACAUGCGAGUGCUUUUGCGCCCAGGAGCCGCUUCGGUCCACAUCCUCACCCCAGGAUUACUGACAGCGGAGGGCUGCGGUGUGCAGAACUUUACCGGUCCAGUAUGGUGGUGAGCGUCAGCCCAGCGAGAGAUCACCGAGAGAGGUGUGGCCCGGCCCGCUCCGUUUUGUCCUGCACCUCAGUGUGCCGGAGCCUUGAGCCAUAUCUACUGGCGGGAGCUGUUCCUCCUCACCAGUGGACCCAGCUGUCCUCUCAGGACCUCUCCUUACAGCAAUAACCCUGCAGGCCAUGCAGUUGUGCAACCGCAACCACGGGAGACCGCAAUUCUCAUAUGCAAAGCACCGUGGUACCCGUGACUUUACGUAGUGCGCUUUCCAUUGUAAACGAGGAGCCGAGCCGAGGGGACGGAGGGGACUGGACAAGUGGAGGUCAUAUCCUCUAGGACCAGCGUGGUUUCUGAGCCAAGUCAGCAGUGGAGACGGAAGGACCGCUGUGUUCGCCGGUAGUGUAGUGCGUAUAGCUACUGUCUUUGGUCACAGGUUCGAGUCCCACCUCCAGCUGUAGUACCCUUGAGCAAGGUACUUACCCUAAAUUGCUCCAGUAAAAUUACCCAGCUGUAUAAAUGGGUCAAUAAAUGUAGGUAACGCUGUAAGUCGGCUUUGUAAAAAAGUAUCGGCUACAUGAAUAAAUGUCAAUGUAAAAGUGGACAUCGGUCCUUUCGCGCACUUCCUGGACCAAACCAGGACUGUGGUGAGCCACUGGAUUACCACACCUGUCGCAACCUUGACAGGAGAAUUAAUGAUGCUGGACAGCCCGUUGGCGUGGGGCGUGCUCGCUGUGAGCGGUCAGGGGACUCUCGACAGGAACUCUGAACCGAGUGUUGCACCUCCUACGUCCUCUUGGCCCCGCUGUCUCCGUUCAGCUACUGACCCACCUGUAGGCCUGGAUGACCUGCUGUCAUUUCUACCUUCCCGUGAUCCCUCAGUGCUUCGCAUGUGUACCUUUCUCUGGGAGUACGGAUCCCCCGACCCUACUUUGACUCUUUAAUGCAGGGAUGGCGAUACUUAAGAAACGUGCCACAAUAAUUGUGUUCUCCUUCUUAAGGCCUCUGAUUUGUGCGCACAGUGCGCCGUGGUCGGGUUCGAGUCCACAGUGCGUCACCCUGGCGAAGUGUAAAAGAGCAGCAGAGGAGGUGUCUGGUCACUCGUUUGCCUGGGGUCGGACUAGCUAUGCACCGGGCUCUUGGUACGAGACAGAUGAGUCCCUGACGGCGGUGCUAUAGUAGACUGCCGCUGGGGACAAGUGACGGGCGGAGCCACAGGAGGAGAGUGAGGUGCGUUUCCAGAAGACGCCAGAAAGCCAGGGAGCGACUUGGCCUGUUACGCUGUUGUCCUUCUCGAGGCCUUGUUCAGCGCAUUCGUGUACCUCAUUGAGCGACACCCAAUAAAGAUAUGCAAA